AUGUCUGGUUUUCAUCAAAUAUUUUUACUUAUUGCAAAAUUGAACGAACCAGUACAGUUCUAUUGCUCGAGUCAUAAUGUAAAAUCAAAAUCAAAUAUGUCAUCUGUCUAUGUUAAUAUUUACGGUCUUGAUUUAAUAAAACAACGGGAACAACAAAAUUUUGUUGAUGGUAACAAUAUUCCGUUGAUUGUUCUCAUGUACGAACAAUUUCAAACGGAUUUAAGUGUAUUUCACAAUAAUUCUUAUUUAGCUGAAUGUAAAAUAACUCUUUCGUACCCUAUGAUAACAACUAGUGUGGAUAGUUCUUCAAGCGACUUAUUGGCAUUUAUUGAACAAAUAAUUAAUGAAUUUCAAUUACUUCUAACAUGUUUAUCAUCCGAUGAGAAUAUUCUUGACUUUAAUUCACCAACAUUUGCAUCGUCAACGGAAAAUGAUGGUGAUACCGAUACGAAUCUAUUUCAGACAUCGGCACCUUUUCGUCAGGGAUACGUAGCAAAAAAAACAUUUUAUUCUAUCAGAAUAGUGCCAUCACCUCUGAUACAUAAACGUUGCCGAUGUGAAUUUACAACUAGUAAAGUUAUUAAAAUAACAUCUACCAGUAAACAUUUCAUAUUAGAAAAAUAUUUUGGGUUAAAUCAAACAAAUGAUUUACAUCGAACGAGUAUUGCUGCUGCUUCUAAGAUGCUUUCAUUCAUAGGUUGGCCAAACUGGUUCAUAAUCCUUCUAGUUUUAUUAUUAGGACUUUUGCUCUAUUAUUGUACAUGUUUAAAGAAAAAUCCACCAUGUCAGCGACUAUCGAUGUUAAUACAAUGUCCUACACAACACGCAUCACCUCCUCAACCACAACUACGAAACACAUUAUCGAAAACAAUUCAGUCCAGUGAUAGAUUUCCAAGAAAACCAAUUUCAGCAGAGAAUUCAGUAUCGUCAAAAGAUACAGCAACAACGACGACGUCAUCAUCAUCGAUAAUAACGGAACAUAAAUCAAUAAUUAUUAAAGAUCGACCAACAUCAACCCAUCUAUGUCCAAAACAGCAUGUAUUUAAUCAACCAUGUUUUAUCAGACCCUUAGGUCUUUCACUUAAAACAUCCACUCAACAGAAACAGCAACAACUGUACAAUUCUCCUCAACCAGCAUUUUAUCUUGCUGUGCCGCGUCAAACAUUCAAACAAACAUCAACGAGAGGUACAUCAUAUCAUCAUCAACCAAGAUAA